AGACAGAAGUCAGUCGUUUGCCCUUUGACUCGACCACAAGUCCGUCACUCAACGCGCCAACAUUCUUCACCCAACAACCCCAGUCUCUUUUUCUAUGCCGAGCGGUCUUGUUCCUUUGUUUAAAAGCAUGCUUUACUCUCCAUAAUAGAGCCCUCGCUCAAGAAUUCUGAAACGAAAACAAAUUACCGCCUUCGGAUUCGUGCAUGGAGCCCCUGCAUUCGACAAUGACUGCUGUUGCAUCUCCACCGGCCUCACCGACUGCUCCAUCAUCGCGGAAGCGCAGGUCGCUCCGAGUGUCGUAUUCGAAUGUCGACAGCGAGGGCGCCGAAUUUUCGAGUCCUUACACAAGCGGAACGACGAAUGGCACCACGGUCUUUUCACGGCGAUCCUCACGAACCUCUCAAACGUCCAACCAACCCCUCUCACCGGUAACACCACGUCCCAUGUCAUCCAAGUCGUCUAGACCGCCAUCCUUCUCUCAACCGCAGCGCCGCUUCAGCAGGACCAGUAUAAACAGCAAUCGCAGUAUAGAACACUUGACGGAAAGUGGUGGGCUAGGCAACCUAGCUGAUGAGCUGGAGGAAGCUUGGGACAACAGUGGCGAAGAGGAAGAUCAGUCUAAUUUUCUUGAGGGCUUGAGGGAAGGCGUGGUGGAUCAGGAACAUUCAGCACUCGAAUUACAAAGCCCGUACACGAUGAACGACAUGCAUGAUUUCGGAUUUGGCAUGGUGUUACAAAGCCCCCAAGUGGCACAUGGUGAGGAUGGCACGUCACCAUCUUUGAACGUGCCCUUGAGCCCUAAAGAGGGGCAGUCGAGAGGGCACAGGAAAUCAGGACAUGCGAGGCACGAGUCUAAAUACGAUGGAUCGGAUUACGGGCCCGAGUCGGACUCAGAGGAGCAGGCGGAUGGGUUACCACCCAUCGUCAGGAGACGAAUGCGCGAUCUGGAGAAUCUCACGCGCAUGUGUGUGAAUCCGGAAGACGCAGUGAGUGAGGGUGGAGGGACGGUUCGGAGAACGAUCCACGGCCUGAAAGAACUGCGCUCUCAGAGCAAUAUCGAAUAUGGGGUGACCCGCCUUAUCACGGCAUACACAUCCAUGGCAACUUACCGAUCGAACAAGACGCGGGAUCUCUUCACUCAGAGCCACUCACUCAUGUACGGUGGGAUGUUCAACCUGCCGGAAGAAAUGAUUGAGCUCUUAUUAGACGACAUAACUGAAUUGAGCUCGCUUCUGCAGUUUCUUCGGCAGCAGAAUCCUCUUCUGUCGCUGCAGAUAUUGGGGUCGCAGACAGAGGAGCUCGGUCAGACGCUGCGGUCGAUUACGGACUUGCUACAAGAGUUUCGGCUGGCGGCUAACGCAGCGACGCGCAAGUUGAAGUCGGUACGAGACAUGGUGGAGGACAUGAGCAUCGAAGAGGAUCUGGUGGAGAACAGCAUCAUGCUGAUCCAGGCGGGCGACUGGGAUCGAAGGUGUCGGACCCGUCAAGCUGCCAAGUCAUGUCAGGAGAUCUGCGAGGGAUUUGCAAACCGUUGGGGGUUGGACUUUGACGCCAACCUGGUCUGCAAGGGUGAAGCGGUGGCCAAGGCCAAGCCAGGGCUGCCGGUCAUGGUCUCGGCUUAAGAAGGCUUUUUCUGGUGACUGGAAAUACAUACUCCGUAGGUUUCCCGUCCAGGUCAUGGUUGGGAUGGCGUUGGCGCUCUGGAUUCGACCGCGGUCACGACGUGAUGAAUGAUGCAAGGUAUGGCGACGGCGCCUUGGAAGUAAUCUGCUGGAGUGGGUGGAGGGCGUCAGGUCAAUUAAUUGUCGGGGACUCACUUGGAGACAAAAGGAUGCCUAACAUAGCCAGCCCAUGGGGUAGAAACAAUGUCCACGUUUGUGCUUGUGCUUGACGUACCUGUGGUUGGACUGGUCUGUUGAAUAAUGUCUCGAAUCGGACAUAUUAGAGAGUGAUAGAGCCUGUCGCACCUGUGGACAGCCGCAAGUCGGGUAGGUUGACCUAUGUAAGUACCCAUGUAGCUCAAGUCCUAGACAUUUUGUGCCACCG